UAAUAGGAGUCUAUAUAAGAAAAAGCCCCAAAUAUCAGGACUGUCCCUAUAAAAUUGGGACAUCUGGUCACCUUAGCUUUGUACCAUUAGGAGACAAAGCCCUUUGCGGGGGGAGGGUUGAAAUGAUAAACAUUGAAGCAAAGGGCUCCACCUUGACUGAUUUUUGUGCUAUUGUACCAUAUUCAACUUCAGUUAUUAACCUCCCAGCCAACUGUAAGGGGGCCUCUGAGCUAUCAGUCACCAGGAGUCCUAUCAGCCCCAUAAGGAUGCGUGUCUCAGAACCUGUUACCGACACAGCAUUGUUUUAUUGCUUCAGGAACACUUAGCAGGUUCCAACAUUGUUUUUAAAGCCAUGCGGAUCAUUGAAAACUCCCUCAAGCUAUUUAAUCCUUUCCCAGAUCCAGCCAAAGCGAGUCCCCUCCGCUGAACUCAAAGUGCUGUUUUAAGCGGAACGGGAGAUCAUUAGCGUGUUAUCGCCAGCACUGAGUUUGUUCCUGUCGAGGGGCGGGGGGAGGAGAAGCUACUUUUAAAUUGUUGCACCGCAAGCCUGAACUGUGCGCGCCUUUCCAGUGGAAAAGAUACCCCCGGAUCUAAUUGCAUUUUGGAUUAUUAGGAUUAACGUCUCGUUGAUUCCUAGUGUCACACGUCAAGGGAUCACUGGAGAGAAACUAAUCCACACUGACUGAAUGCGUUUAGUAGACUCUCUUUCUGUUAUAAGUGACAAAUUAUUCACGGUUUAGCUUUGAACGCUAGCUUUGUUUUAAAACUCUUAUCCCCGCCCCGGGAGGGACCCUUUUCUGCCUCUCCACGCGUCCCAUUUGCAAUAUAAACAAACCCACCCUUCAAGGUUUCUGGCUACACUUUCACGUGUCUCGGAGUAAGGAGGCGGGAGGAAAGAUCCAAGUUCUCUGUGUAAACGCUCCGGGCUAGAAUGAAAGCCCGCUGCACUCCGGAGCCGGUGAGGGCGGGUGGCUUUCCCAGCUACAGUUUCUCAGCGCUGUCCUGCCACUGCAAUGCCCGGGUGCAAAGGGAAGAGGCGGCGGAGGAGGGGAGAGGUUUACAGGUAAAUGCAAGGGAUUUCCAGCCCGCCGGUGUUGCACGCUGGAAAGUGAGCGAUGGCCGGUUUCCCCAGGGAUCCGUGAGCCUGAAUCCAGGGGGAUUGGCACUAGUGCGCGCCACAGACUGCGGGCCCUCUCCUGGGCUCCAAGGGAAGAGAGCACUGGCGGGCUGGGGAUACGAUCCUCUAAGGAGGGCAUGGAUCAGACGGCGCCGGCGGCUGGCAGCCAAUGCCCGGGAAAGGAGGCGGAUGCUGGCUUUGAACGUGGCAUUUGAUCGUCUGCGGAGCGUCAUCCCAGCGCUGCGUAACGAAAAGAAGCUGUCCAAAGCGGAGACGCUGCAGAUGGCCAAGAUCUACAUCUCCAUGCUGAGCGAGCUGCUGCAGAGGGGAGAAGGCGCAGGCGGCCCGCGGGAUACGGGGCAGACACUGGCCGUGCAGAAGGGCGGAAGCACCCAGCGCCCAGACACUGCUGCGCCCCCAUCCACCGAGAAAUGCAGCCCUAUACUUCCACCAGCCCAGAACUCACCCCAGGCUCUUAAUUCACUACGGCGUGCCGCCACGGAGCCGGGAUCCACGCGGUCCUGACGCCAACUGCAGCGCCGAGGACAGCAGACCAUGCCCAAGGGGCUGGGCAGCGCGGAAGCCUGGCGGUUCAGAGACAGGGGUCAGCUCCGCGCC